AUGAAUUGGAAUUGUGAGCAAAUGGUUCAGUCAACUUGGGCUGAAAUGUUGAGAGACGGUUUGGGACCUGAUCAGCGAUGUUAUACGAUCAUGAUCCAUGGGCGGUAUUCCUCUGUGAAUCUUCAGUUUAGUUUAGUACUACAGGUUUUCAUUUUGGUUACACUUAUGUCUAAUGUCUUCUAUGGUCUAGUUUCUCAUGUUCUGUCAACAUGUGUUAUAUCUUCUGCAGCUUUGAAAGAAGCUAUUGAUGAUCUGGAAUGGCCCGGAUCAAGUAUCAAACUAACAUUACAACCAACUCCUCCUUCGGUUGCGUUCAGAAGUGAAGGCCAUGGUGAUCUACAGAUAGACUUUAUGUAUUAUGCAAAUACUGAUCUUUUAGCAGCUUUGAGCUGUGAUCGUGAAGUGUCUCAUCGGUAUAAAUAUAAAUUCUUACAGGCAACAACUUCUAAUAUACCAAGUAGUGUCGUCAAAGAUAACCGUGGCAGCAAGGUUACGGUUGGGAGAGGCGGAAUAUUGAAAGUUCAGCAUCUGGUCUCCGUUGCAAGGCAAUCACACCCACACAUUGAUUCUGCUGGUUAUCAGCCUCCUAGCAGGAUAGUAUAUAUUGAGUUCUUUGUCAAGCCAGAGGAGGUUGAAGACAAUUGAGUCCCAUUCAAGCCUUCAAAGGGAUAUCACUUGCUUGCUGGAAACUGGGAAACAUAUCUUCGUUGGAAAUUUUUUGUACUCAAUGACGAAGUUGGUGAUAGCUACAAGCAUUUUGGAUGCGCGAUGUUUUGGGUUAUGAAGUAGCUAUAUGUGCACUUGUAUAUUUUUGGACUUUUUCAAAGUGCCUAUCACUUGUAAAUUUUUGCAUAAAAACUUGUGUAUGGUUGGAGAAUUAUGUUGGAAAAUUGGUUAUCCGAUCCGUUACAUGUAUAUGAAUUAUUUAUAUUUUUGACACACGAUAAUAUUUGGGACGUGUGAUAUUUUGGGAUACGAUUUAAUAUAUAAUGA